GCUUCAAGUAUGUUUUCUUUUUGAUUCGAAAGCCGGCUACCAGGGAAAAAGAAUCCUUCGGGUUGUUGUGUUUGUGUGAAGGUGUGGACUCUGCUAUGGAUCAGUGUGAGGAACCAGAGGAGGGAGUCCGUCCCUCUAAAACCACUCUGCGUGGGGACCAUGACAGCCGGACCAAAGCUCAGAGCCCAGAGCAGACGCGCAGCCCAGACUCUACUGGAUCUGAGUCAGAACCUGAACCUGGACCUGAACCCAGCUGUUUGUCUGUUAAGAGUGACUGGUCAAUGGAGCUUCCUCUUUUUUUUAGACAAUCUGCUGAUGUAAAGAUCCAUCAGAGACCAGCCUCUCCUGGACCUGAACCCAGCCAUGUGUCUGUGAAGAGUGACCGGUCAAUGGAGCCUCCUCUUUUUUUUAGACAACGUGCUGAUGGAGGAGUGGACGAGGAAAGCUCAGACGUUCCCAGUGGUCAGUGUGCCCAACAUGAGCCACACCUGGACUCCAUAUUUAUGGUGCUGGAGGAGAACAUUGUCACUUAUGUGAAAACUGAGCUGAAGAAAAUCCAGAGGGCUCUGAGUUCAGAUCAUCCGGAAUGCUCAGAGAGUCAGGAGGAAGAGGAGGUGUUGGACAGUAAGGCUGAAGCACUGAGGAGGAGCAGCAGAAAGGCAUUUCUGAAGAUAACACUAGACUUCCUCAGGAGAAUGAAACAGGAGGAGCUUGCUGACUGUCUGCUGAGCAGAUAUGCUGUUGCAGUUUGUCAACAUAAACUUAAAUCUAACCUGAAAAAGAAGUUCCAGUGUGUGUUUGAGGGGAUCGCUAAAGCAGGAAACCCAACGCUUCUGAAUCAGAUCUACACAGAGCUCUACAUCACAGAGGGAGGGAAUGCAGAGGUCAAUGAUGAACAUGAGGUCAGACAGAUUGAAACAGCAUCCAGGAAACAAGACAGACCAGAAACAAAAAUCAGACAAAAAGAAAUCUUUAAAGCCUCACCUGGAAGAGAUGAACCAAUCAGAACAGUGAUGACAAAGGGAGUGGCUGGCAUUGGGAAAACAGUCUUAACACAGAAGUUCACUCUGGACUGGGCUGAAGACAAAGCCAACCAGGACAUACAGUUGACAUUUCCAUUCACAUUCAGAGAGCUGAAUGUGCUGAAAGAGAAAAAGUACAGCUUGGUGGAACUUGUACAUAACUUCUUAACUGAAACCAAAGAAGCAGGAAUCUGCAGGUUUGAAGAGUUCCAGGUUGUGUUCAUCUUUGAUGGUCUGGAUGAGUGUCGACUUCCUCUGGACUUCCACAACAAUGAGAUCCUGACUGAUGUUACAGAGUCCACCUCAGUGGAUGUGCUGCUGACAAACCUCAUCAGGGGGAAACUGCUUCCCUCUGCUCGCCUCUGGAUAACCACACGGCCUGCAGCAGCCAAUCAGAUCCCUCCUCAGUGUGUUGACAUGGUGACAGAGGUCAGAGGGUUCACUGAUCCACAGAAGGAAGAGUACUUCAGGAAGAAAUUCAGAGAUGAGGAACAGGCCAGCAAAAUCGUUUCCCACAUCAAGACAUCCAGAAGCCUCCACAUCAUGUGCCACAUCCCAGUCUUCUGCUGGAUCACUGCUACAGUUCUGGAGGAUGUGAUGAAGACCAGAGAGGGAAGAGAGCUGCCCAAGACCCUCACUGAGAUGUACAUCUACUACUUGGUGGUUCAGUCUAAACUGAAGAACAUCAAGUACGAUGGAGGAUCUGAGACAGAUCCACACUGGAGUCCAGACAGCAGGAAGAUGAUUGAGUCUCUGGGAAAACUGGCUUUUGAUCAGCUGCAGAAAGGCAACCUGAUCUUCUAUGAGUCAGACCUGACAGAGUGUGGCAUAGAUAUCAGAGCAGCCUCAGUGUACUCAGGAGUGUUCACACAGAUCUUUAAAGAGGAGAGAGGACUGUACCAGGACAAGGUGUUCUGCUUUGUCCAUUUGAGCGUUCAGGAGUUUCUGGCUGCUCUUCAUGUCCAUCUGAACUUCAUCAACUCUGGAGUCAAUCUGAUGGCAGAAGAACAAACAACCUCCCAGAAGUCUGAAUCAAGACAAGAUGAAUCUGCAGAGACACAGUUCUACCAAAGUGCUGUGGACAAGGCCUUAGAGAGUCCAAAUGGACACCUGGACUUGUUUCUCCGUUUCCUUCUGGGUCUUUCACUGCAGACCAAUCAGACUUUACUACAAGGCCUGCUGAGACUUAAAAUAAGUAGCUCACAGACCAGUCAGGGUACAGUCCACUACAUCAAGAAGAAGUUUGAGGGAAGUCUCUCUGCAGAAAAAAGCAUCAAUCUGUUCCACUGUCUGAAUGAACUGAAUGAUCGUUCUCUGGUAAAGCAGAUCCAACAGUACCUGAGAUCAGGAAGUCUUUCCACAGAUGAUCUCUCUCCUGCUCAAUGGUCAGCUCUGGUCUUCAUCUUACUGUCAUCAGAGGAAAAUCUGGAUGUGUUUGACCUGAAGAAAUACUCUGCUUCAGAGGAGGCUCUGCUGAGGCUGCUGCCUGUGGUCAAAGCCUCCAACACAGCUCUACUGAGUGGCUGUAACCUCUCAGAGAGAAGUUGUGAAGCUCUGUCCAUGGUUCUCAGCUCCCAGUCCUCUAGUCUGAGAAAGUUGGACCUGAGUGACAACAACCUGCAGGACUCAGGGGUGAAGACACUGUCUGCUGGACUGAAGAGUCCACACUGUACACUGGAAACUCUCAGGCUGUCAGACUGUCUGAUCACAGAGAAAGGCUGUGUUUCUCUGGCCUCAGCUUUAAAGUCCAACCCCUCCCAUCUGAGAGAGCUGGACCUGAGCUACAAUCAUCCAGGAGACUCAGGAGUCAAGCUGUUGUCUGCUGGACGGGAGGAUCCACAAUGGAGACUGGAAACGAUCAGGGUGGAGCCUGGUGGAGUCCAGUGGUUGAGACCAGGUCUGAGGAAGUACUCCUGUGAGCUCACACUCGACACAAACACAGUGAACAGAAAGAUCAAACUAUCUGACAACAACAGGAUGGUGACACAUGUGAAAGAGGAGCAGCUGUAUCCUGAUCAUCCAGACAGAUUUGACUACUGGCCUCAGCUGCUGUGUAGAGACGGUCUGACUGGUCGCUGUUACUGGGAGGUGGAGUGGAGUGGAGAGGUGGAUGUAUCAGUGAGUUACAGAGGAAUCAGACGGAGAGGAGCCAGAGAAGACUGUGUGUUUGGAUGGAAUGAUCAGUCCUGGAGUCUGUUCUGCUCAGAUGUUGGUUACUCUGUCUGGCACAACAACAGCAGAACACCCAUCACUACUAACUCCUCCACAUCCUCCUCGUCUUCUUCCUCCUCCUCCUCCUCUGCCUCUGGUAGAGUAGCAGUGUAUGUAGACUGUCCUGCUGGCACUCUGUCUUUCUACAGAGUCUCCUCUGACACACUGAUCCACCUCCACACCUUCAACACCACAUUCACUGAACCUCUGUAUCCAGGGUUUAGGUUCUGGUUUGGUUGGUCCGGUUCCUCAGUGUCAAUGUGUUCUCUGCAGGAGGGAGUGCCUCAUCCUGUAAGGCCCCGUGUCCACCAAAGCGUUUUUUCCCCAGCCGAAAAUGCCAGCUGCUCCUCAGAAAACGCCCAGCUAGGAGCUUUUAAAGUGCUUUGGGGGUACAGUGUUUUUUUACUUGAGACACUUUGGUUGCGUCUGGUUGCUGUACUGCGAAAUAUCCGCUAAAGUAAACAUGUCAGCACA